UCACCCCGCCCGCCCCGGUGACCCUCGGUUGCGGCUCGAGGCUUCGCGCAGCUCUUCCGAGCCAGCUCUCUGGACCGAGCAAGACAGGAAACGCGGCCGGCGCCUGAGGGCAGGAAGCCUCCGCUGCACCCAGCGGGCAGGCGGCCCUGCGCUGCGGCAGCUCAGAGGUGGCACCGUGCAGGGUGGCACCGCCUGCGGGGAGCGGUGGGCGCGGGCCUGCGGGCGGCUGAAAAGCAAACCUUCAGCGGCAUGGUGGGUCUGCGGGCAAGGCGGGGCCCCAGGCCCGGGCUGCUGGCGCUGUCCACGCUGGGUUUCUACCUGAUUCUCCAAGUCAGUGCCAAGAGGCCUCCCAAGACACCCCCCUGCCCACCCAGCUGCUCCUGCACCAGGGACACCGCCUUCUGCGUGGACUCUAAGGCGGUGCCCAGGAACCUGCCCUCUGAGGUCAUCUCCCUGACCCUGGUGAAUGCCGCCUUCUCAGAAAUCCAGGAUGGAGCCUUCUCCCACCUGCCACUGCUGCAGUUCUUGUUGCUCAACUCCAACAAGUUCACGCUGAUUGGAGACAACGCCUUCACAGGACUGUCCCACCUGCAGUACCUCUUCAUUGAAAACAAUGACAUCUGGGCCCUAUCCAAGUUCACCUUCAGGGGACUCAAGUCCUUGACACACCUCUCACUGGCCAACAAUAACCUGCAGACACUGCCCAAAGACAUCUUUCGGCCCCUGGACAUCCUGAGUGACUUGGACUUGCGGGGCAACGCACUCAACUGCGACUGCAAGGUGAAGUGGCUGGUGGAGUGGCUGGCGCACACCAAUACCACUGUGGCCCCCAUCUACUGCGCCAGCCCACCCCGCUUCCAGGAGCACAAGGUGCAGGACCUGCCACUGCGGGAGUUCGACUGCAUCACCACGGACUUCGUGCUGUACCAGACCUUGUCCUUCCCGGCGGUGUCGGCUGAACCCUUCCUUUACUCUAGUGACCUCUACCUGGCUCUGGCUCAGCCAGGCGCCAGUGCCUGCACCAUCCUGAAGUGGGAUUACGUGGAACGGCAGCUUCGAGACUACGACAGAAUCCCAGCCCCCUCAGCUGUGCACUGCAAGCCAAUGGUAGUAGACAGCCAGCUGUAUGUGGUUGUGGCCCAGCUAUUUGGUGGCUCCUACAUUUACCACUGGGAUCCGAACACCACGCGCUUCACCAAGCUGCAGGACAUCGAUCCCCAGCGUGUGCGAAAGCCCAAUGACCUGGAGGCCUUCCGCAUCGAUGGGGACUGGUACUUUGCUGUGGCUGACAGCUCUAAGGCGGGCGCCACUAGCCUCUACCGUUGGCACCAAAAUGGCUUCUACUCCCACCAGGCCCUGCAUGCCUGGCACCGCGACACGGACCUCGAGUUUGUGGAUGGUGAGGGCAAGCCGAGACUGAUUGUGUCUAGCAGCUCCCAGGCACCAGUCAUCUAUCAAUGGAGUCGUACCCAGAAGCAGUUUGUGGCUCAGGGAGAGGUGACCCAGGUACCUGAUGCCCAGGCUGUGAAACAUUUCCGUGCUGGCCGUGACAGCUACCUCUGCCUCAGCCGCUACAUUGGUGACUCCAAGAUUCUGCGCUGGGAGGGCACUCGCUUCUCUGAGGUCCAGGCGCUGCCCUCCCGGGGCUCCCUGGCCCUGCAGCCCUUCCUGGUGGGUGGCCGCCGCUACCUGGCACUGGGCAGUGACUUCUCCUUCACCCAGAUCUACCAGUGGGACGAAGGGCGACAGAAGUUUGUACGGUUCCAGGAGCUGGCAGUGCAGGCUCCUCGUGCCUUCUGCUAUAUGCCCGCUGGGGAUGCGCAGCUGCUCCUGGCCCCCAGCUUCAAGGGACAGACGCUGGUAUACCGACAUGUGGUGGUAGAUCUCAGUGCCUAGAGGGGUAUCAAGGCCUCAGGGUGGCACUGGAGGUUGGGAGGGGGCUUCUGAGCAGCAUCUGUGUCUGUGUGAAGUCACACUGGUCAACUGCACAGACACACACACACACACACACACACACACACACACACACACACACAGUGAGCCUGGACGCACACCACAGACUGGCCUGGGGAAGCCAUCCCUUAUCUCUGCAAUCCGCACAAACUCCUAUGUAUGCACCAGUCCCCCAGGCCUCCUGGCCUGCCUGUGUAUGUCCUCACCCCACAUCUGUAGGCCCUCAGGGUUCUGCUCCCUGCUCAGGCUUAGGAGUGAUGCUUUGGGCAUGGAGAGGGGCAUGAGCUGUGACCUCCUGUUCUCCAAGUCAGCCUUCCCACCUUCUGGCCUUUCCUGUGGGCAUUGCAGGCCUUUACUUAUCUGUUCAUGCUCCAUGCUGCAGCCUCAGCCACGGCCGUCAGCUCCCAAGGUAUCCACUCUUGCUGCGCCCCUUGCAUAUACACACAUGGACUCUGAUGGACACACAACCUCUCACUUGCACACACCUGUGCACACUCACACUUCUGUAGGUAAACAAGUCCCCCUGGGCACACAUGUAGAUGGUGCUGCCUGGAAGGGCUCCCCUCUGUUAUUUUCUUGCUGAAGCUCUUCCUGGAGGGACCCACAAGACCUUUCCUCCUCUCCUCCUCGCCAUGUAUGCCCCCCAUGGCUGAGAAGGACAAUGACAAUGACAUUGGUCAGUCUGGGAGUGCUGGCUUGCUUCUUUGCCAGCAGCAGCCCUUUCUUCUAACUGGAGUUUCCUUCUGUGAUCCUGAAUUCCAGAUCUCUUGGGGACAAAAGACCAUCCAGAUGAAAGCCUUUCUUUCUGUAGCCUUUGCUUCCUCAGGGCGGGACCAUCCCCUGGUUCACUCCACCUUUGGGAUGGGGACCCUAAGCUGUGAUCCUCUUUGCUGGGUACAGGAGCCGUGCAAGCCAGGGAACCUGUGAACCCUGGACCCAACUCUGUGGGUGCCAAGAAUGGGGUUUGGGUUCCACCGUUUGAGGGCCCUGGCACCCCGCCACUACCCAGGGGUCCAUCCCAUAGACACAGUUCUUCUGUGGAGAAUGAGCUGUGGUCCAGAAAGUGCUGAGGGGUGCACCUGGAGCCCAGAUUCGGCUGCCCUCUGCUGGACGCUGGGAGGAGCUGCUCCCAGUGGCCAAGGGAGGCCAAAGAAGAGGCAGGCAGGGAAGCGGGCAGGGAGGCCGACAGGGCCCAGAUGGGACUCCCAGUGACAGGAAGCCAAGGGGAACUUGGGGGCAAUGCUUUGAUUCACUUGCUUCAAAUAAAAAGCUCCACCCCCUCCUGCUCUCA